UUAAUUAACAUUAAAUGUGUUGGUUCAAUCGUUUGUUUCAUGAUUAUGACAAUUAAAACGCUAACAACAAGUAUUCAAUUUGAUUAAGAAACUAAUUGUUAACAAUUGAUUCUCUUUAAGUUAAGAAACAAAUAAUUAAUCAAUUAUGAUCGCGAUUGUUUUAUCAUUAUUGGGAUUGUUUGUCUCUGCCAAUGGAAUCCAAGUUAAAUAUAAUGAUUGUGGUAAUCCAAGAAGUGAUUCCAUUUUCCGUUCAAUUGUGAUCUUGGGAUGUCGACAACAACCUUGCGUCUUUAGUUCACAGAAGAAUCUUGAUUUUGAGAUGGAGAUCAUAUUAGAUGAGACUGUAAGUCACUUCCAGGUUCAAAUAGAUGCUCGAAGCUACGAAUAUGGUACAACCAAAUCUUUGUCGACUUAUACACUUCAACCACCAAAUUGUAAUUCGAGCAAAUGUAAGAUUCGAGCGAAUGACAUUCGUUGUAUUCACCCAAGUUUAAGGCUUUCCGAUCGACCGCCCGCAAAUAUUGACCUUUUCGUGAGUAUUUAUGACCAAGAUCGUCGUAAUUUGGGCUGCGCUGCAUUCUCACUUCGAGUGAAAGAUAAUUAGAAAGCGAAAAAGAGAAGAAAAAACCAAAACAAAGAAUCAGGGAAACACCAACAAGUUGAUUCGAUUCGAUUCGAUCAUUGGUAAUCUAUGGACAGUUUUUUCCGCAUCGAAAGCAAAUCAACCUGAACAGAAGAAAACAUUGAGAUAAACAGUUAAUUGUUGAAAUAGAUGAUUACCUGAAAAUGGAAUAAAUUUAAAAGAGAAAAUAAAUUCAAUCCAAUUUUCUGAUUCUAAAUAAAAGUUUUCACCUUUACAA